AGAUCCAACAUUAAACCAGUGAGCAGCUAGAGCACUUUUUCUUCUGGUGUAUUUGUUCCCGUGGUUCAACACCACACCAGCGGUAAGGAAAAUCUACGGCUAUUUUUGCCAGAAAAACCCUACGAGUACGACCGUUUCGGUCUUGGACAGUAAACUUGUUUUUUUCUAGUGAUAGAAGAUAAACACAAGCCAUGUCUUCUUCUCCCGCGAAGAACCACCCGUUGUCCAACGAUGUCCAUGCGGACUUCGAGCUGCACCCCCUGGCGGGAACGGGUCCCAGCUCGCACGUCGCGUACGCGGCGGGCGUCGCCAAGAAGAAGCUGGCGGGCUUCAAGAACGAUGUGGCCGCGCUGCCGGCGGGCCUGGUGUUUGUCAGCGGGGUCGCCACCCUCGGCACGCUGAUGUACGGGACCAUGUGGUACCAAUACCACAAAGUGGCGCACUUGAAGAACAACCUUGAUAAUCUUCACACUGCGUCCUCCUCCAAAACGUUGAAAAUGACGAAGAAGGCCGCCACGAAGAAGGCCUUGACCUCGCCCGCGCGUUCGACCUCCUCGUCGUUCCUGCUGGAGCAGGCGGCUGUGGUCCAACCCCCUUCUCACACGACUCCCGGUCAGGAGAUGAUGAGUCCGGCGGAUUCUGCCGGCAUGUCCCCGAUGAAUUCGCUCACAACGGAAGCCGGGGUACAGCUGGCGAUGCAGGUUCUCGACCAACAGUUGACGCAGCACGAGCACGAACUGCUGGAAACUGGCGAGGACCUGCCCCCGCGGCAGGAGUUUCUCCGUCACGCGUUCGCUCUCAGUUUUGGUCACACCGUGGCCCUGAUGAUGGAGCCGGCGAACUGCCCGGGUCUGGAGGAGCAGCUCAAACUCGGCGGGUGCAAUGCGGAUGCACCGGAACACCCCCUGAGCGAAGCGUACGGCUUUCAGCUCCGUUGCCUAAAGGAGGCGUGGGUCGUGUGCCUCUUGCCGGGGACGGUCCAUCCCGAGUACGAAAUGCAAAAAUGUCUGGGUCUGGAAGAAUGCAUGUUUGUCAUGCUUGUCUGGCAUGACUAUUAAAUCUGUCAUGCACGUUGCCCAAGAGCCGCAUUUUUCUGUCAUGCGGAGACGCAAUUUGUCAUGCAGAAUAGGCAACACCUACAAGCUCAGAAAUUUGUCAUGCUGAGCCAGCACUUGUGGCCUCCUCAUGCUACGCCACUCAGCAUCACAAGUUUCCAGACCCAGACAUUUUUACAGUUGAUACCGAGGUCGUGGAGGCCAUGUUGAACAGCCUGGAUGGUGGUCACGCGGCGGAAGCGUACUUGGACAAGAUCGAUGCGAAUCCGGAUCAAGCGGUAUUGAGAGGAAAAAUCCCCCCUCCCCAUAUCGAAAAGGUAUGCGCCCCAAAAAUUUGUGUUGCGGAUUUGAGGUCACAAAUCACAUUUGUCUUGCAAGAAGGCAAACCCAAAGAAUCCGCCGCCUUAUGGAGGCGAUUUGUCAUGCUGUUUCACCUACAUGGCAGGCCUCUCUUAUGCCAAGAGCCUACAACAAAACAACCCCACGCAGGCUGAGGCUUUGCCUGUAGUGCCUCGCUGCAAGACAGGCUGACUUGUGUACACAAAUCCAGCAACAGAAGUUUUCGUUUCAAUAUGGGGGGGGGAUUUUUCAUUUUGAUAAGCGGUGGCCACCGCGCUGGGGACGGUGGAUGCCGUGCUGGGCGGGAACGCGGCGCAGCAAGCGUUGGAGCAACCCGGGGGCGACUACGUGUGGAACACUUGCACCCCGCAGACGCCGGAUGUUCUGGAAGCGAACGGCGCCGUCCUGCAGCAGAAGUUCUACUCCGACGUGCGGGCGCUGGCGGAACUUACCGGGUACGAGUCGCAGGCCCCUGUGCGUGACACGCUGGUUCACCUGAUGCAGCUGGAUGGGCAACAAUACCAGGACCAUGUGGAGAUGCUCGCCACGAAAUUCAACGCCGGGUUUUUGUUCUUCGGUAUUACAGUGAAAAAUGCCCCCAUCCCAGAGCCAACUUGGCAGCAUUUGCAUUGCAAACCUUUGUGCCAAUGGAAACACUCAUCCCCAUUUUGCAUAUAGCAGCAUCACAGAUUUAUUCCAUGCUGAAUAGCUCAAAUUUGUGCUGCAACGGAGCCCAACAGCAGGCGGAUCUGUUACGCAAAAGAUACUUUGCGCAUCUAGAUUCUGCAUCAGAAAGGCUCGCAGUCCUUUCAUGCAAGACAAAAAGCCUUCAUUUGGACACUUUGCAUGAGAAACUUUUGCAAAGUCCGGGUUGGCCGGGGCAUUUUUCAUUGUAAUACUCGGUGCGCUGCUUGACCAGCAGGUGACGGCGUACUUCGAACAAAACCCUGCGGAACAGCAGGCGCUGAUCCAAAACGUCCAGGCCGCUGGGGAGAUGAUGUCCGGGGUGCUCCUGGCCAUGAUUGCGGAUCCCGAGGCUAAGAUGAAGAACCCGGACGAGGCGCAGCAGAUGGUCCAGUGUCGUGAAUGCAUGAUGCAAAACCUGGGUGCCAUGGCGGUCUCGCUGGGCGUGUUGCCGAAAUUGGCUCUGUCCGAGAUGUUUCUCUUGGCGGACGAGAAGAUCAGCGAGGCACAGGAGGAGGCGUGGAUGGAGGAUCAGGAGACCGCCGCGGUGGCGCCGUCGGGCCCGGACGGAGGGCGUUGAGCGGACCGCCGGAGAAGUCACGCCGGGCGUUGAGCGGAGCCUCGGAGGAACGGGGAAACGGUACUACCUUUUGCCAUUUGUUCUUCGUUUUCUUGCCGAAGAAAUUUAGGAAGUCACGCAUGAUCGUAUGAGAAGAUAGAAAAUACUCAGAUCAUUCCAAGCGUGGCCGUUUGUCAGUAUUCGUUCUCAAAAACACCCUUAUGUUUUUGCGUAGAACAAGUAUGAUAGCUUUUCAGUGGUGGAAAUCGCAAGAUGUAACGAAAACAGACAACGUCAAAGGCUUGGAGCCUGGGAAUGACGGACUUCAAGCAAUCAACGAGGGGCGUGAUCAAAAGGUGACGAAAGAAGGAGAACAAGCAAGAAGAUAACAAAUUUCGCCGCAUCAGCUUCAAGCAUCGUUUUACUUCUUUGCAGUCAGGUUUUCUAAAUCGUACAAGAAGAAUUUUCACUAAAGUUUUACGCAGCAAUCACAGCAGUAUCCCUAGCCGCAAGAAGAUGAUCAAAAAAUAAAAACGUAUCUAAGCCAAGUGCUAUUCAUCGCUUUUCAGCUUCUAGAAAGCAUUUUUCAAUUUGCAAGGAGAGUUUCGAUGAAAAAACCCGCGAGUGGAUAUUUACAGUUCUUUUAAAUCACAACUCUUCACUUUCAGAAUUAUGCAACAGCUGCGUUUCAAGUUCGAACGUUUCAUCAAUUUCAAAUAUUCAACAUCGUCCGGCAUAAAAUACAAAUAAGUUUACAAGUUUAACAUUCCGUUCUCUACUUCGACGUUGACAACUUUUCAUCUACCCCUAGAAUUCUAUUUACCUAAGCAACCCCACAUUCCGAAACCGAAUCAACUACCUCACAUCGGAAAAGCUGUAGCCCAGUUACAAGCGGCGUAAAUUUCAUCUGUCGACGAACACGAGCGCAUAGUCUGACCUGCUCGGCGACGAUCUCUGGCACAUGGCUCGUACAGUGCGUCAGGAGGCUCGUUAGUUUGCGUGUCUCUGUGUAUGUUUGCAUGAUGUGCCGUGUCAAAAAAUUCCAUUUCCCAGCAGGAUUCCCCACUUUUUGUAGAAGAGUUCUUGUCUAUGCAGGUAGGAACAAGUAAACCUAUAGCUAUCUUCCAGCCAGAAGUCGCGGUCCCACGUCUAGGUUUCCUUUGUGGAAUUGCACGCCAGAUAUAUGCGACGACUAAUCUAGGAAGACUAUUGCCCGAUCGAAGCAGAGGUGGCAGAAAUGACUGGUGACCUACUUAUACAAAUUGUAGCGCCGGCGGUUCGGACUCGGAGGUAGACCGUCUUCGAUCACCCAGGAUAAGAUUUCAUUUUUGCUCACUCUGCCGCGUGUGCUACUCCUACUACUGCUUGACAUUGCAUCGGCAUUCGUUUUUUACCUCCUCGUUUUCGAUCUGACCUCAGUCUCACAAUGAAUUGUCGACUGGUGAAAACGUCAUACAUUGACUUUUUUGUCCAUCUGACGGAUGUACCCACUAGUUGUCGAUAGUUCUACCAUUAGAUAGAAGCGACAAGGCUCAGGCUAUCAGGAGGAGCGGCCGAAAAGUAUGCCCAUGCCUGGACGACAUCCUCUUCUUCAGAAGAUCGUUUUUGAACAUCGUACAUGUACGAAAUUUUUGGGAUAACACAGAG